AUGUCUAAACUACAGUCGUUUCGUGUGUUUUUAAAUGAGCGUUUAACGGCGGCAGCUGUGGAGAUUUUGGGGGCAGUUGAAGAAACGGUAGCGGAGUACCAGGAGGAGAAUGAUCGGCUACGGAGACUGCUGCGGAUCACACCGGAGAUACAACUAUGUAGAAUAGGAGGAACUCAGGACCAGUCAGGAGGAAGAGCAGCUUCAAGGCUGGAGGCUGAUAUCUUAGAGUUCAAAUUCACUCCUUCCUGUGUGAAAAGUGAAUGUGAUCAGGAGGACCCACUUCAGUCCUUGACUCUUCCCCAAACCCAAACUGUGGAUAACAGAGAGCGUGACCCUAAACAAGUGGAUCUCACACCUUUUGUUACUGUGACCCACCUUAAGGGUCUCUACAUUCCCUGUGACCCUCAAGAUAAUCAAAACAAUCUACCCAGCCAAAGCUCAACCUUAAGCAGCGACCCAGCAGCACUUGACAGCAGCCCAUCGUUGGAUCCCAGCCCGCCAUUGGAUCCCAGCCCGCCAUUGGAACCCAGCCCUCCAUUGGAUCCCAGCCCUCCAUUGGAUCCCAGCCCUCCAUUGGAUCCCAGCCCGCCAUUGGAUCCCAGCCCGCCAUUGGAUCCCAGCCCUCCAUUGGAUCCCAGCCCUCCAUUGGAUCCCAGCCCUCCAUUGGAUCCCAGCCCGCCAUUGGAUCCCAGCCCGCCAUUGGAUCCCAGCCCUCCAUUGGAUCCCAGCCCUCCAUUGGAUCCCAGCCCGCCAUUGGAUCCCAGCCCGCCAUUGGAACCCAGCCCUCCAUUGGAUCCCAGCCCGCCAUUGGAUCCCAGCCCGCCAUUGGAUCCCAGCCCGCCAUUGGAUCCCAGCCCGCCAUUGGAUCCCAGCCCGCCAUUGGAUCCCAGCCCGCCAUUGGAUCCCAGCCCGCCAUUGGAUCCCAGCCCACCAUUGGAACCCAGCCCUCCAUUGGAUCCAAACCUAUCAAUGGGGGAACACUAUUCCAAACCCAGCACCACGUCUAAAAAACCUCACCACUGCCGUGACUGUGGUGAAAUGUUUGCUCUGAAAGCUGACCUGAAGAGUCAUGCGACUCUCUUCAAGGAGAGACUUAGCGAAUGCCGCUUCUGCAGAAAACGCUACAAUUCCACCUGUAAAGUGACGGCCCAUGUCCGACUCUGUCAUGGUAGGAAACCCUGCACCACUUUCAAGACUUUCAAACUUAAAGGAGAUCUGUCCAAGCACAUGAGAAUUCACACAGGGGAGAAAUCAUUUAGCUGUGGAGACUAUGGGAAAAGCUUCAAUCAGAAGGGGAAUCUAAGGAACCAUAAACUGACUCACACAGGAGAGAAAUCAUUUAGCUGUGCUGACUGUGGGAAAAGCUUCAAUCAGAAAGGGUCCCUAAAGUAGCAUACACUGACUCACACAGGAGAGAAACCAUUUAGCUGUAGUGACUGUGGGGAAAGCUUUAUUCAGAAGGGGAACCUUAGAAGCCAUAAACUGACUCACACAGGAGAGAAACCAUUUAGCUGUGGCGACUGUGGAGAAAGCUUCAUUCAGAAGGGGAACCUUAGAAGCCAUAAACUGACUCACACAGGAGAGAAACCAUUUAGCUGUGAUGAUUGCGGGAAAAGCUUCAAUCAAAAGUCUAAUUUACUGACACAUUUUAAAAACAUCCACAAAGGAGGAAAACAGGAUUAAAGCUGAAAGAAAGAACAUUAUGACAAAGAUCUAUUUAGUCACAAAAUGAGAAUAAAAUGUCAGAGUGUGGACAAUA